UUGUUACUUAUAAGAAAAAAAACACACAAAACAAAAUGAAUGAGCCAAAGGUAGGACCAAAUCGUCCAUUGUUCGUUCUAUUUGGUUCAUCAAUUGUGCAGCUAAGUUAUCAUUUUGAUGGCUGGGGUGCUGCCCUCACUGGAUUCUAUGCUCGUAAGGCCGAUAUAUUUGUUCGUGGAUAUGGUGGUUGGACCUCAAGAAAUGCUCUUCAAGUUUUGAGCAAAGUCUUUCCACAGAAUGAUAAAAUUCAGCCUUCUCUAGUUAUACUUUAUUUUGGUGGAAAUGAUUCAACAGAUCCUGAUGUUCCUAAUAGCCCUAAUGUCCCUAUUGAUGAAUAUGUUGAAAAUAUGAGAAAAAUUAUACUUCAUAUCAAGGGCCUUUCAAAAAACAUACGUGUAAUUAUGCUAACCGCUCCUGCGGUAAACGAGAAACAAAUUAUUGAAUAUUAUGGGAGUAAUCUAGGUAGAACAAAUGAGAGAGGUCGCAUAUACUCAGAAGCUGGUAUCAAAUUGGCCCAAGAAUUAGGGUUGAAGUAUAUUGAUUUUUGGUCAGCCCUCCAGGAACCUUCUGAUUGGAUGGAUACAGUCUUCUGGGAUGGAUUGCAUUUAACAAAAGAAGGAAGUGCUAUUGUGUUUCAUAAAAUCACAAAGGUAAUCAAAGAGGCAGAGUGGGAGCCAACCCUAGAUUGGGAGAAAAUGCCUGAUGAGUUUGAUGGGAAUCAGCCUCACAGUUUGGACCAUGAGAAGAUGAUGGAGGGUAUUAAUAGAAUGAUGGGGAUUCCUGAUUCACGUCAAGUUAAAUCAGAGUAGCCUAUUUACGUUACAUUUUUUUAGGAGUAACUAUUUCAAAACUCUGCUAAUACAGGAUAGUUUAUGCACCAAACUAUCCAAUAAAAUAAAAAUAUGCAUGAAGAAUUAGAGUAAGUAUUAGUCAAUUUCCCAUUUUAAUUUUCUUUUUGAUGUGUCCAAAUAAACUCUUUUGCAAAAGAGUACCAAUAAAUGUUCCUAGGAAGGUUUUGCCAUUUUCUAGGAAUUAGGGUUUAAUUUGCUUUGUUGUAGAAUGUUUCUAUGUGUGCUAUAUAUGUAACAAUGUAUUAUGGAAAGUUAAUAAUAUUUGAAUGGAAUAGUGACUAUGAUA